GGCAGAUUACAAAAAAAAAAAAAAAAAAAAGAGGAACACAUAUAUUUGUAAUUUUGGUUUAGUGAAACAUUUCUUUGGACCUCAAAAAAAGACCACAGAACCGCAAGCUGUGAGCAAAAUUGAGAGUCACACGCGACCAGAUCCGGGAUAUUGGUCAGUAAAAGAGGACGCAACACUUUUUUUUUUCUAAUUUUGUCUGGAAACCACAGUGUCACAGACUGACACUUUUUCGGAACGCAGGAAGUGGAAGGAGAAAACCUCAAUGGCUUCGAACAGCAUCUUUGAGACGUUUCCUUUAUAUGCGGCAGGUUUCAUCAAGGAUACCAGCACCAGCCGCCGCUUCACGCCGCCCUCCACCACCCUCAGCCCAGGGAAGAUGACCGACACCUUACCCCUGAGUGCACCGGAUGGCAGCGCCGCCCUGGUGGGCAAACUGAGAAACGCAGACCGGAACAUGGUGGAGGUCCUGUCUGAUCAUCCUGGAGAACUGGUCCGUACAGACAGUCCGAACUUUCUGUGCUCGGUGCUGCCCACACACUGGAGGUGCAACAAGACCCUGCCCAUUGCCUUCAAGGUGGUGGCGCUAGGGGACGUCCCGGACGGAACAUUGGUCACUGUCAUGGCUGGCAAUGAUGAGAAUUAUUCGGCAGAACUCCGCAAUGCCACAGCGGCAAUGAAGAGCCAGGUUGCUCGGUUUAAUGACCUGAGAUUUGUCGGAAGGUCUGGAAGAGGUAAAAGCUUCACUCUCACCAUCACAGUCUUCACCAACCCUCCUCAAGUGGCGACUUACCAUCGAGCCAUUAAAAUCACUGUGGACGGACCUCGGGAACCAAGACGGCAUCGGCAAAAGUUAGACGAGCAGAUUAAACCAGGCAUGUCGUUUUCCGAGCGGCUCAGCGAACUGGAGCAGUUGCGCCGAACGGCAGUGAGGGUCAGUCCGCACCAUCCGACCCCAGCUCCCAACCACAGGUCGUCUCUGAACCACUCCACAGUUUUCAAUCCUCAGACCCAGACUCAGAUACAAGACACAAGACAAGUUCAGACAUCUCCGUCCUGGUCCUAUGACCAGUCCUAUCAGUACCUUGGGUCCAUCGCCACACCUUCUGUCCACCCGGCCACCCCCAUCUCACCCGGACGUGCCAGCGGAAUGACGUCCCUCAGCGCCGAGCUCUCCAGUCGGUUAUCAGGGGCGCCAGACCUGACCGCAUUCAGCGACCCUCGAGUCGGGAUCGAUCGUCAGUUCUCCACCCUUUCGUCGAUUUCAGAUCCACGCAUGCACUAUCCCGGAGCGUUUACAUAUACCCCAACCCCGGUGUCUUCAGGCAUUGGAAUUGGUAUGUCCGCCAUGACCAGUGCUACCAGAUACCACACCUACUUACCACCUCCAUAUCCUGGAUCUUCUCAAGCUCAAGGAAGCCCAUUCCAGGCCAGCUCCCCUUCAUACCAUCUCUACUAUGGAACCUCAGCUGGGUCUUACCAGUUUUCCAUGAUGUCCGGAGGAGACAGGUCACCGCCUCGCAUCCUUCCUCCUUGCACUAAUGCUUCCACGGGAGCAACUCUUCUCAACCCCAACCUACCUAACCAAAGCGACGUGGUCGAGACAGAAGGAAGUCACAGCAACUCUCCAACCAACAUGGGCACCACGCCAAGGUUGGAGGAAGCGGUAUGGAGACCCUACUGAAGAGCAUCGAUAUGUGAUGGUUCAUCAAGUCUACAUCUGAAUUCACCUACGUACAUGGUCAUCCUGGACGGUUCCAAAGACGUAUCUGAUCUCUCAAUGCUGUGAAGCCAACGGGAUGGAAGCAAAUGGCUUUCACGUCCAUGUGACAGAUUUCCAAUAUGGCGUCUAGAAGGAGCAACUCACGUUGGCAUCCAAAUGGGCUACGAAGAGUGGAUGUUGGCAGUGUGGAACCUCACCGGAAAUUUCUGGAACAUUUCUGUAUCAAUGUAAAUGAUGGAUGCCUAGAUGCAUCCUUCCAUAGCGUAAUUGUACAUUUCAGGUUACUCAGUGGAACUCACUUGUUUUUCGUUCAAUCAUAUGCAAAAGUAAGGUUGUCCCUAUCUCCGGCACCUUGAGCCUCUUUCCUGCUUUUAAUUUUAUAGCUUCCAGGUAUAUUUUACAUUUUUUACGUACAUCUUUUGUAUUAUACUUCAUGUUGAUUAUUUUUUUUUAAAAUAUUGGGCAAUGAUGUGUAAUUAUUUCAGUAGCAGUGCCCGCCCCUGAGGAGACCCAAUUUUAUUUAUGUAUAGUAUUCAGGACUUUUUGUUAAUUAUUAUCCCAGUUACAUAAGGAUGUUGUUUACAUUUUUUAUUUUUUGGGGGAAAUUUAAUGUUUUUUUUUUUUUAUGUUUUUCCCCCCUCAGGUUAAUUUGAGAUCGUAUUGAUACAACGUUGCAAUGCUGGACACGUUAACUGUGUUGUAUUCUGUAGGAUGAGAUCGGUCAUGACAUAAGGAUGUGUAUGUGUUCCCUUUCGUGACUUGGGGGCUUCUUGGUCCCGUUAUGGACAGAGUCUUAAGACUAUUAGUUGGACUGACCCAACAGCAGGCAAAUGAAUCCUUCCAUGGGCCUACAUUUUGGGCCCAGCCACAACUUGACCUAUGAGGCCAAACAGAAGACAACCCUGCUGGAAGCUCACUUUGAUUCAGGUCACUAUCAGUGUUGGACUGAAGUUCCUUGGCCCACCAAAGGAAAUUAUUCUUGGGGUCCAAUCUCUAUAUCAUCAAAAAAGUGUAAUGGUUUUGAA